AUGGAAGCUUAUAGUGCUGUAAUUUCUCUUCUUCAAUCUCUUGAUAAACGAAAUUUUCAUGAACUCUUUCACGGUCACACUGCUGAAAUGCUCGAUUCUCUUCGUGCUAUUGCUGAAUAUUUCCAAAAAGUUCUUGAUGAAUUUGAACCUGGAAAAAUCAAAUCUUUGGAGGAAAAUAUUAGAGUUGCUGCUAGUGAGGCAGAAGAUGUUGUAGAGUUGAAAACUCAUCAAAUCAUCAAAGGCUCAAGCUGGACAUUUGGAAUUUUACAACACCAGGAUUUGCUACCAGUUGUUGAAAAAAUGGAUACAAUAAAGAAACAAGUGAUGGAGAUUGUUUCUCAUGAUGCUGAUCAACUUCUUGAAUUAACCGGGGAUUCCUUGAUUGACACUUCUUCUACAAGCUAUGCAAUGCUGUCAGAUAAGUUGGAAGAUGAUCACAUCGUGCAAGGAAUUGAUGAUGACUUGGAGAUCAUAGUUAAAAGAUUGAUAGGACCAUCAUCGGAUCUAGAGAUUGUCACAAUAACAGGCAUGGGUGGCAUUGGCAAAACAACACUCGCAAGAAAAGCUUAUGAUCAUCUCCCAAUCAGGUAUCACUUUGACAUUCUUGCUUGGGUAACAAUAUCUCAAGAAUUUCGGAAUAGAAAAGUAUUGUUAGAAGCUUUACAUUGUAUUUCAAAGUCAACAGGUCGUUCUAAUGCAAAAGAUUAUAAUGAGAUGGAUGAAAAUGAGUUAGCUGACCUAGUCCAGAAAAAACUAAAGGGUCCAAGAUACCUUGUUGUUGUUGAUGAUAUUUGGAGUACAAAUGUUUGGGAUAGCAUAAGUGGAAUAUUUCCUAAUUAUAAAAAUGGGAGUCGAAUCUUAUUGACUACUAGGGAAACUGAGGUAGCGAUGUAUGCGAAUACCUGUAGCCCUCAUGAGAUGAGCCUUUUGAGUUUAGACAACGGUUGGAGGUUACUUUGUGAUAAGGUGUUUGGAAGAAAAUAUGAACAUCCUCCUGAAUUGGAUGAAAUUGGAAAGGAAAUAGUAGAAAAAUGUCAAGGACUACCCUUAACAAUUUCAGUGAUUGUGGGACAUCUCUCUAAAGUGGCCAGGACAUUAGAAGGUUGGAAGGAUGUUUCCCGAAACUUAAGUGAAAUCAUUGCUAGUCAUCCAAAUCAAUGCUUAGGAGUGCUCGGUUUGAGUUACCACCACUUGCCUAAUCGCCUCAAACCUUGCUUUCUUUCUAUGAGUAGUUUCCCAGAGGAUUUUCAGGUUGAUACUCGGAGAUUGAUUCAAUUAUGGAUUGCAGAAGGUUUCAUCAGGAUUUCUGAAAAUGGUAAAAGUUUGGAGGAAGUGGCAAUAGAUUAUUUGGAGGAUCUAAUUAGCAGAAACUUGAUACAGGCUAGAAAAAGGAGAUUCAAUGGUGAUAUAAAAGUAUGUGGAAUACAUGAUCUACUGCGUGAGUUCUGUUUGAUAGAAUCUAAAAUGACUAAGUUUAUGCAUGUUGAGAGAACUCACCCAACUAUUCCAACACAAAAGCACAAUGUCCGUCGCUUCAGUUUUCAAACAAAGUUUUAUUCAGUGGAAGAUUGUUGUAAGCUAUUACCCCCUGUUGCAAGAUCUAUCUACUUAUUUUCUCACUUGGAUCAACCUCUUGAACCUCAUAUUAAGAUUCUCGGGAUAUUGCCCAUCUACCGUCGUAAUCUUAUUGUUGACACCCAAUUUUGA